AUGCCGCGCCAUCAUCACCACCACUCCUCCGUCAAGCACAUCAGUAAGUCGACUUCUUUCCUCACCCUCUACCCCGGGGCCGAUUUCUUCGUCCGCCUCGCGGCCGUCCUAGCCGACCUGAGCCUCCGAGCUGCAGGUUCGGCUUUGACUAGCAAAUUGCGUUCGUCACAUCUUCCAACUCCGAGGCAGUUAUUGGAGCAAGAGGUCGUCAAAAAGAUCUGCAAUUUUUCCGAAAUUGCCCAAAAGUUUCGAUAUCAAUGAAAUUGUAAACGCGACAAAAUUUAAAACCAUUUUGAGACUGCAGAAAAAGUCACGAAACGAUGUUCCAAUUAGUGACAAAAGCAGUAUAGCGAUUGUCACUGUUCGACUUAUUAGUGCUGAAACUUCCUUUGGAUGCCUUCCCAAUACCUUUUGGAUAUUUAGAUCAAAAAUACACAAAUUUCGAUAUUUUCAAUAGCUAAAACUCCUUUUGUGAGACAAAGCGUGUUUUUUGAACGAUUUUUCGGAGCUACAGUCCAUUCACCGCUAUCUAAGGACAAAAAAUGAUUUGUUCGAGUGUCUUUUUUUCACAGACUGUUUCGUGGAUCGCGGAAAGCCAAAUAUUUUACGAAGUCAGCACUAAAUAAAAAAGGAAAUCAAGUAAAAAGAACUCAAAAAACGGAUUUCAGAGAAGAUCUUCGAUCUUCACGCGACGGAGCACACCGAGAAGCUGAACAAGUCCGAGGCGGAAAAAGCUGUGAGCGAACUCAAACACGUUCGCAAAGAUCUGAGCUUCCGUGAUGGAUGGAAACAAUAUUCCCACGAAGGAUUAUUAGAUUUUUCCGGUCGGCUUUUCUUUCCCUUCUCGAUUUUCCAGCAGUGAUAAAAAGAACACUGAUUGAUAAAAUGGGAAACACCCUCGUUAUCUUUUAAAUCGGAUUGCCUGAUAAGGCAAUUUUUCCACGUGGUGAUCUGUGCACUCCAGUACGAUGAAAUAUGACAAAAAGAAAGAAAAUCGAACUUUAAGGAUUCCUUCACUUCGCCCAGCCUCAUGAGCACCAUCAUCACCAUGGCAAGAAGACGAAAAAUCACGCCAAGGUGCGGCAUGAAGAAAAGUUUUCCAAAAAAAUUGUACACUUUUCAGUCCUCCAGUUCUUCAAGUUCAUCUUCUUCUUCGGAGAGCGAAACUGAGAAACACGACGAAAAGAAGCGCAAGACGGAUGCAUCUUCCUCGAGCUCCUCUUCUUCCUCGUCGUCGUCUUCAUCUUCUGAGUCCGAAGACGAAAAGAAGAAGCAUCACAAGAAACAUCACAAGAAGCACGUGAAGGCGGCGUCGUCCUCAAGCUCUUCAAGCUCUUCCUCGAGCUCCUCUUCCUCAUCAUCUUCGGAGUCUGAGGACGAGCACAAGCAUAAGAAGCAUCACAAGAAGGGCCACCACGAUUCUUCGGUUCACCACGGCCAUCAUCCACAUCAUCCUCAUGAUCAUCAUUAUGGAACUCAUCCUCAUCACCACUCCGGCCAUCAUUACAGCCACCAUCCUCACCAUCAUCACUACGGACACCACGAUUCGUCGCUGCACCACGGCUAUGGUCAUCAUCCUCAUCAUUACGACGCUCAUGUCUAUGGCCACCACGGACAUCAUCCGCACCACCAUCACGGCGGUCACCACGAACACCAUGGGCAUUUGA